UCUCUCCUCGCGACGACGAGCGCGCGCGCACAGAGGCGGCCGAAUCCCUCUCUCUCUCUCUCUCUCACUCGCUCGCGCGUUCGUUUCGAGUCUGUAUGCGUGAGUGUUAGCGUAUCAGUGGGCACCUACGAUUCCCCGCGACGACGACGACGACGACGACGACGAGCUGAGAUCGGAACGAGUCGUGUGCGGUAUAAGUAUAGUAAAGUAGGAAAAGAAGAGGAGAGAUAGAGAGCAGUCAGUAAGCAGUGAAGCAGCGGAGGAGACGAGAGAUCGCGGAUCAUCCCGAGAGAAGAGAUGAGCGUCGACGCAUACGGGCCGAGCAGCCAGACGCUCACCUUCCUGGACACCGAGGAGGCAGACCUCAUCGGCGCCGACACCCAGGGUUCCGAGUUCGACUUCACCGACUUUACCCUACCCUCGCCCAGUCAGACCCAGGCUUCGCAGCACGAUGCCGCGCAAGCUAGCCAGCAGACGCAGCCCGUUCAGAUUAAUGGCACGGUUGGGACAUCAGCACUAGACCUCAAGAUCUCUGGAGCAGCUCAAAGUUUAGCCGAACUACAGUUUGAAGAGGAAGAAGAGGAAGCUUACUAUAAUCGCGAUUUACCUGAUCAUGCUUGUAAAUAUUGUGGUAUUCAUGAAGCAUCCUGUGUUGUUAUGUGCAAUGUCUGCCGCAAGUGGUUUUGUAAUGGCAGAGGCAACACAUCUGGAUCUCACAUCAUCAAUCACCUAGUUCGUGCCAAGCACAAGGAAGUAACUUUGCACAGGGAUGGACCACUGGGUGAAACCAUAUUAGAAUGUUACUCGUGUGCAGUGAGAAAUGUCUUUGUACUUGGUUUUAUACCAGCAAAAGCUGAUUCUGUUGUUGUACUUUUAUGUCGUCAACCAUGUGCUGCACAAAGCUCGCUGAAAGAUAUGAAUUGGGAUCAGGAGCAGUGGAAACCUCUGAUAGAGGAUCGCAGUUUUCUGUCGUGGCUUGUAAAGAUCCCUUCAGAGCAAGAACAGCUGCGCGCUCGCCAGAUCUCGGCACAACAAAUAAACAAACUGGAAGAACUGUGGCGCGAUAACGUCGACGCCACUUUUCAAGACUUGGAAAAACCCGGCGUUGAUGAAGAACCCCAACAAGUCUUGUUGCGCUAUGAAGAUGGUUAUCAAUACCAGAACAUCUUUGGGCCACUGGUCAAACUGGAAGCAGAUUACGACAAGAGAUUGAAAGAAUCACAGACCCAAGAGAAUAUCGAGGUUCGAUGGGACGUGGGUCUGAACAAGAAGACCAUUGCGUACUUUAUGCUAGCUAAAACUGACGGAGAUAUGAAGCUGAUGCACGGAGACGAGUUGAGACUGAGAUAUCUUGGAGAACUGCACAAACCUUGGUCGGGCAUCGGACACGUUAUUAAAAUUCCAGACAACUAUGGUGAGGAAGUAGGGAUCGAGCUCAAAAACAACUCGGGCGCGCCAACUGAAUGUACGAGCAAUUUCGUGGUGGACUUCAUCUGGAAAAGUACCAGCUUCGACAGGAUGCAAUUAGCGCUUCGCAAGUUUGCAGUGGAUGACACAUCCGUCUCGGCCUACAUCUACCACCGACUUUUGGGUCACGAAGUCGAGGAGGUCCUCUUCCGCUGCCACUUGCCCAAACACUUUAGCGCGCCGAACUUGCCGGAUCUCAAUCGCUCGCAAGUCUACGCGGUAAAGCAUGCGAUUCAGCGACCGCUGUCACUGAUUCAGGGUCCGCCGGGUACGGGCAAGACUGUCACUAGUGCCACGAUUGUUUACCAGUUGGUCAAGCAGAACGGAGGUCCUGUCCUAGUGUGCGCACCAUCCAACACCGCUGUUGAUCAGUUGACGGAGAAAAUUCAUAAAAGCAAUUUAAAGGUCGUGAGAUUGUGUGCCAAGUCCAGGGAGGCCAUUGACUCGCCUGUUAGCUUCCUAGCGCUUCACAAUCAGAUCAAGAACAUGGAGACUAACACGGAGCUGCAGAAGCUUCAACAGCUGAAGGACGAGACUGGAGAACUGUCAAGUGUUGAUGAAAAGAGAUACAGACUUUUGAAGAAAGCUGCCGAGAAGGAAUUACUAGAAGCAGCGGAUGUCAUUUGCUGCACAUGUGUGGGAGCGGGCGAUCCACGUCUGCACCGACUCAAAUUCCACUCAAUCUUGAUUGACGAGAGUAUGCAGGCAACGGAGCCAGAGUGUAUGGUGCCAGUAGUUCUAGGUGCCAAGCAGCUCAUCCUCGUAGGCGAUCACUGCCAGCUCGGACCUGUUGUCAUGUGCAAGAAAGCGGCGCGCGCCGGACUUUCUCAGUCGCUGUUCGAGCGUCUAGUAGUACUCGGCAUCAGGCCGUUCAGGCUUGAGGUCCAGUAUCGUAUGCACCCUGAUUUAUCUAGGUUCCCAUCCAACUUCUUCUACGAAGGUUCGCUGCAGAACGGCGUCUGUGCGGAUGAGCGCAAGCUCCUGAAAAUCGACUUCCCUUGGCCUGCGCCAGAUAAGCCCAUGUUCUUCUACGUGACGCAGGGUCAGGAAGAAAUUGCAGGCAGUGGUACCUCCUACCUCAACCGUACCGAGGCCUCUAAUGUCGAGAAAAUCACAACUCGCUUCUUGCGAUGCGGUGUCAAACCUGAGCAGAUCGGCGUAAUUACACCUUAUGAAGGCCAGCGCGCCUAUCUCGUCCAAUAUAUGCAGUAUCAGGGUUCGCUGCACUCCAAGCUUUAUCAAGAAAUCGAAGUGGCCAGUGUUGACGCCUUCCAGGGAAGAGAGAAGGAUAUCAUCAUUAUGUCGUGUGUUAGAUCCAACGAGCAUCAGGGCAUUGGUUUCUUGAACGAUCCGAGACGAUUAAACGUCGCACUAACGAGAGCCAAGUAUGGAAUUAUCAUAGUAGGGAAUCCUAAGGUACUGUCCAAGCAGCCAUUGUGGAACCACUUAUUAAGUUUCUACAAAGAGCAAAAAGUCUUGGUCGAAGGUCCGCUGAACAAUCUCAAGGAAUCGAUGAUUCAAUUCGCCAAACCAAAGAAACUUGUAAACGCUGCCAACCCGGGAUCGCACUUCAUGUCGACGUCGAUGUACGACGCAAGAGAAGCUAUAAUUCCUGGAUCUGUUUACGACAGAUCAGGCGCUCAGGUGAACGGAACGCAAACGCACAAUCCGUACUACCAGCGCAAUGUGCCGAUUGACAUCUUCAGUCGCACCCACGAUACUAUUAGCUACAUCAGUCCCGAGAGAGCACAAGCUGCUAUGAACAAUGUACCCGUCCCUGUGGGCAUGUUCAUGAAUAUGGCGCAUGUGCCGCCGAGGUUCUACAAUCAACAUCAACAGGCGUUACAAGCUCGGCAGCAGAAUCAGCGAGUUCGACGUGGUGGCGUUAACAUGAAGGGCAAUAAUAAAGUUGGCGGCGGCGGAGGCGCACGCCUGGGUAAACUCAGUCAGUCAGAGCAGAAUACACAGCCCUAUAGUCAACCGGGUCUUCCGCUCACACAGGGCACCACUCAGGGCAUGUCACAGCCUGGUUUUAGUCUUUCGCAGCCGGGACUGUCCCAAGCAGAGUUGUCGCAGGACUCGUUUGCCGUUGGCGAGUUCCAGUCUCAGAUGGAUGGACUUUUGUCACAGGACUCAACUUAUCAGGGAGACCGAAGCGGUUUUUAUCAAUCCGGUCAAUCACAAGCCGGGGGCCAGUUCUCCCAGCCAUACUGAGCCGAGUUAGUACGGCAGAGCAAUGCAUUCGCCAUGCAGCAGCGUCGCGGGAGCGACUGAGAAGGCUCGUUCGAUCAAUUCUUCAUCGACAACCAAACCAACAACCAAACCAAAUCACUCUGUAACUGCGCGAAACGGUACAAACAACCAAAACUCAAUGCGAAAGGGAGAUACAAAAAACUCGACACAAACACGCCGACGAGAGACUAGAACAACAGCACAAUGUUUCUUGGCGUGGUCGCUAGAACAACAUCAAACAAAAAACACCGACGGCUGAAUCUUUCUCUUUUUUUAUUAACUAUGAAAAGGGAGAGAAAGAGCUCGAGAAUGAUAACGACUCGUACGUCAUCUGAUGACGGGACAAGCUAAUAGGGAUGUAACAAUCUAAAGAGGGUACUGCGUUUUCCUUCUGGAUUCUCUCUCUGCCCGCGUUUGUCACGUGCAAGCUAAAAGGGUAGGCAAACAUCGGGUUUUAGGGCCAGAAAAAAAUCGCCGUUUCAUAUAGCGGAGAAAAUCGGUUGACGCUGGGAUUGCAAACGAAAAGUUUUCGACUAUGAGAAGUUUACAAGGUUAAAAAAACGAACGUAUGACGAAUAUUAUAAAAAUAAAUGAGUAAUAAUUUAAAAAUGACGCUACACUGAUUGCUAACGUGCCAAGCCGUUUUUCUCGCAGUGGGAAAGCGGCGAGAAAUCGAAAAAUCCUCGAUUUUCUUGGGUACGUAAAAAUAAAAUCUAACGAUAAUUUGCGUACACUUGGGCUGAAAAAUUGUAUGCUUUACUUUGAAGGCAUAUACGGAAAUGUUAAGUAAAUGCAAAUUUCAUGCGGAACAUUUUUGAAUGUUUGACGGGAAAUUAUUCAACUUGAAUAUUCAAGAUUCUUUUAGAAGAGGAAAUUUUUCGUUGUCUUUAUUGUAUUAUAUCUAAUUCCGACAUUGCAAUACCGCUAACCAAGUUGUAAACUUUUAACAAAUAACGAGAAUCUCUAAGCAAGAUAAAACAACGUUUAUUUCUCCUUUGCCUUAAAAUCAGAUUAUAACUAAGAGAUUCAUGAAUUAUUCCACCGUAUUAAACAUAAUAUACAUUUUUUACAUUAGUUGCAAGAAAUGAGAAAAGCCUCGUAUUCUUUUGUAAAAUUUUGUCCCUAUUGUUUUAAAAUCGCGUAAAUUACUCUAUUGGGCAAGUAAAGAAAUAAUUAUUUUUUUAAAAUGAUAAAGUAUUUUGUGUAAUUAAAAUUUUAUUAUUUCUUUUUAUCUUGUAAGGAAUAUAUAAACUAGAAAUAUUAAUCCUGGUUUCCAGCUCGAUCUGGAUAAAUUUAUAUUAGAAUGAAAUGGUCAUUCAAGAAAAUUUUCAUAUUAUUAUAAGAUCUUUCUUGCUUUAAUUUGGUCUUUUACACCAAUAACUAAAAAAUGUCGAGUAAAUGCGCAAGCAAUCUGCAAUGCCAAAUUUCACAUUUGUUUAUUUUCAAUUUUUUUUUCACGCUUGUUUAUAUUCAGUCUAUUCUUUAAAGACCAAAUGUGCACAGUUAUACAAAGAUAUGAAAACAAAUUUAUUGUAAGAUCUUGUGGUACCAA